UCGGCUGCGGGGGCGGCGGCGGCAGCAGCAGAGCCAUGUCCUGGUACCGCAACACCGUGUGGUUCGUGAAGGGGCUGCGGGAGUACACGAGAGGUGGUUACGAGUCUGCUUCCAGGCGCUUCAACCCAGCUGAUGUGGAGGUGGAUGUGGCUGGAAGAUCCUUCCUGGUCACUGGUGCAAACAGUGGCAUUGGCAAGGCCACGGCUAAGGAGAUAGCAAGGAGAGGUGGCACAGUUCAUCUGGUUUGCCGAAAUAAGGAAAGGGCUGAAGUUGCCAAAGAGGAAAUAGUGACAGAAACGGGCAAUCAGAACAUCUUCUUGCAUAUUGUGGAUAUAUCUAAUCCCAAGGAAAUCUGGAAAUUUGCUGAAAAAUUCCAAAAUGAACAUAAAUUAAAUGUGUUGAUCAACAAUGCGGGAUGUAUGGUGAAUAACAGAGAGUUAACUGAAGAUGGACUUGAAAAAAACUUUGCAACAAACACUUUGGGUACAUACAUCAUGACGACUGCCCUGAUGCCCCUCCUGGAAAAAGCAGCUGAUGCCAGAGUGAUAACUGUCUCUUCUGGGGGCAUGCUAGUUCAAAAAUUAAAUGUAUCUGACUUGCAGUCGGGAAAUGGGCCAUUUGAUGGAACUAUGGUGUAUGCACAGAACAAGAGACAGCAAGUUGUCCUGACAGAACAGUGGGCAAAGACUUACAGAAAUAUCCAUUUCUCCGUGAUGCACCCUGGCUGGGCAGACACUCCAGCUGUGAGGUCGUCCAUGCCCGAUUUCUACGAGAGGAUGAAGAACUCGCUGCGCACAGAGGCCCAGGGAGCUGACACCGUCCUGUGGCUGGCGGUGUCACCUGAAGCAACAAAGCUGCCCAGCGGCUUGUUCUUCCAAGACAGGCAACCAGUCCCUACACACUUACCCCUAGCAUACACCCACAGUCCACCAGAGGAUGAAGAGAAACUAAUGGAGAUGCUGGAAGAGUUCUCCCAGAAGUUUAAAUCUGUUUCUCCAGGAAUUUAGUGUCUGCUGACACAGUGUCACCACAAAUCUUCUAAUUACACAGUAAUCUGCUGUUGAGGGGAAGUGGGAUGCCAUAGGCCUGUUAAAAAUGAAAUAGGUUCAGGUGUUCUCAUAAUGAGGUGGUAGAGUGGCACCUGUGUAAUUUUUCUCUGCUGCCAAGUCUCUCCCAUUGUGAAAAUGCAGUUGCUGCCUCAAGACAUGCUAAGAUGUUGUGUUCUUUGGAUUGGAAGAAAAAUUGAGAGGCAUUAAAAUAAGCCCUGAGACUUUGUAAAGUUACGUAGAAUAAUUUAAAACAUUCAGCACAGAGAAAUGCAGAGGAAUGUACUAUUAGUAACCUUCGUGAAGGACUUCAGGAAAGUGGGAAUGUUUUAAACAACUUGUAACUGCUGUAUUUGACAGGUUGGUGGCUUCCUUCUCUGCAUAAGGGUGAUUGGGCUCAAACAUGUAACUAGGAAUGCAGAAACUCUCUUGCAGAGCCUGCUUAGUUUAAAGGGGAGGAUUCCUCACAUCCUUUAGUUUCUAUAAAUUGGUGCUGGAAUGCAGAAGUGAUCUGCUUCCUCUUGUUUAAACAGCAAGAAUUUAGUAACACUGCCAAAUGCCUUCCACAUUACUUGAUGGAGCCAGGGCUAAAUGUUAUCCCGUUUAUGUCAAAAUACCAUGAAGUAGGAGGUUUCAACACAACACACCCAGACAUGUGUGGAUCCAGCAGAGAAAUGGUUGCAUGACUGUAGGCAUGAAAAGAAACAACAUGCUAAGAUGUACCUUGCAUGCUUGCCAUUUCUGUGAGAGAUUAAAGGGGAUUCUUUUAUCACUGUGAAUGGACUAAGAGGGGAAGGGAACACUGGCAGGGCACAGGUUUUAGAGGAGAAUCUGCCUCCUGAUGCAAGACUUGUAUUUUGUCUGGAUCUGUUUACUUCCAGACACAGAAGACAGGAUUCAUCUUACCUGGUCUGUGGACAUUUGAAUUACUCACCGAGUUUCUCACUCUAAAUCAGUAGAGGGAAGAAUGGGCUUUUUCACAGGGAUUUACUGGAUCUAGUUUAAGAAACACCACCUACAGUGCUGCACCUUUCUAACAGUGCUGAAGACAAUCGGCUCAGUCUAAGACAUUCUGGUGGGACUCAUUUUGUCUUAAUUAUUUCAGAUUUACUGCAAAGCCAAAACUAUUACUAACAGAGGUAACACCUUUUCUCCUGAACUGAGUGUGUUUAUUAACCAGCUACCUCCAGAACCCAUCCAAUUUGCUGCACUGUUUCACAUGUGGCUCACACCAGUAUGGUAGGACCGAGGAUCUAAACACAAAUGUAACACAGAUGUUCUUGAGCUGUCUGCAGUGACUGGCAGCUAAAAACUGCUGAUGGACAGAGGAGAGCUCUGUCUGCUUUACAUAAUUUAGUUUCCUCCUGGCUGAUGGUAUUUCUUCAUUAUUCAAACAACUCUAUUAAGUAUCAGUUUAAGAAAAAAACUGCUUUUUUUCAGCCUAUUGUCAAUCUCCUUAGAAAUAAAGACUUUACUGACAGAGAGAUCCUGAGAAAAAUUUUCCCAUGAUAAGCAGUGCUGAGACAAGUCAGGCUGUCACAGCUCCUCCUGAAGAGGCUGGGUCACCAUUCAAGUUAUUGCCUCAUUUAUAAAUUUAACUCCUCCUUGCACUACAGUGAAAGAAAACAACAGCAAGGCUUGUACAGAGGUUUAUUUCCUGCAAAUCUGGUAUUAACAUUUUCUGUGGUCUCAACUGUUAAAUACAGUUACCCAAAACAAGAGCAUGGCUGGAAGCAUAUAUAGUAACUACAUUUCUUAACCCAAUAGCUGCAAGGCUAAUAAAAACAUUUGCAUUAUUUAGUAUUUACAUCAGUUUGCUUCUCAGCUCUGCAGUACAGAAGUUUAAUGACUGGUAUUGAAAUAGUUCAUAAAAGUAAAAACUGUGCACUAUAUUUGUAUAUAUUUAACACAUUUUAGUCUACAUUCUGCAGUAGUGUAUUUAAAUAGCCUGUAUUUUUAAUUUUGUGUCAUCGCUUAAAAAUGAAGCCAAAGUUAAGAAAAUUGCUUUAAUCAAAGUUAGGUCAGUGUCAAAGAGUAACAUGCUAUGGUUUAAGAGCACUUGUAAUUUAAAAAGAACUAAACCACAGGACCAGCAACUAGAAGCAAAAUCCAGAGUGUCACACACUUUGGUAUUAUGGUCUUGCUGAUGCUUUAUUUCAGCCCAGUUCCACAAGAGCAAACAUGGUAUGUGACUGCAAGCCAGCAAGAGGAUUUGUCUAAUGCAAUCCAGAAUGACUUGCACCUUCAUGUAAGUGAAUACAUUUACAGACUCACAGAUUCUGCUGAGUCAGAAGGGACCCACAAGAAUCAUGGAGUUCAACUCCUGGCCCUGUACAGGACACCCCAAGAGUCACACUGUGUGCCUGAGAGCACUGUCCAAACACUUCCUGAACUCAGGCUUGGUGCUGUGACCACUUCCUUGGGGAGCCUGUUCCAGUGCCCAGCCACCCUGUGGGUGAAGAACCUUUUCCUGAUACCCAACCUAAACCUCCCCUGACACAACCUCAGGCCAUUUCUUUGGGCCCUGUCACUGGUCACCCCAGAGAAGAGAUCAGUGCCUGCCCCUCCUCUUCCACUCACAAGGAAGUUGUAGACUGAUUAGGUUUCCCCUCAGUCUCCUCUUCCACUUUUAAAACUUUAUGGGCAAAAUAAAAAUAGCAUCCAGUGAUAAAUGAUUGGAAAAUGAAGGUGGCACAGGUCCUUGCUAAGCAGUGCCUGCUGGGAGUUUGCAAGCACAUCUGGUUCAUGGGAAUGGAAUGACAAGCACAGCAGCUGCUCUUGCCACCCUUUCCAGUCCAUGUGCAGCCCAACACACUGACCUCACUCUGAAAGCUUCACAUUUUUCUUCAUUUUGUGAAGUCACCUAGUUGGGAAGUCUGGGAUCAAACUCGGGGAUCUUGCACAGAAAUGUAGCACCACAGAGCACGUGUGGAGCUGGUAAUUUCUCUACAUCUUAAUGGAAAAGCACAGCCCAUCAUCAGUGCGGCAGGACUGACUGCAGUGAUGCAGGGGCCACUGCAACUUCUUUUUUUUUUGGAUGAAAAUUUUAGGAGGUCAAUGUAACAGGUAUCAAACAAUUUUGUAAAUUGCAUUUUGUCUUUAUCAUUUCUGGGUCAUCUUUAUUCAUUGUUUAAUAAAAAAAACAACUAAAUCAACCUGCUAUUGAUUAAAGGUGUAAAAACUUG